GAAGUAAGACUCUUCUUUGUCUGACUCUGUGAAGAGCUGAAGGAUGAUGCCCUGGACGGUCUGCGCUCUACUCUGCCUCCUUCAGGCUGUGGUGGGAACUGCAGUGUCCAGCAGGGAGCUGCAGUGCUCCAUGUGGCCUGUGGAGGCGCUGCACCCGGUCCAGGCUCAGCUGGAGCGCUUCGAGGCGGGAACGGGCUGUGCCGCCAGAGAGGGCGGAGCUAAAGAGACCCAUGUGAUUUCUGUAGGCAAAGCCUCCAAUACACAGGUGACGGUGGUGCUGAGACCUUUGACCCUCUCGCGGCCCGUCAACCGCCCGGUGAUUCUGGUGCUGAGCUCCCAGCAUGCCGUGCGCUGGGUGUUGGAGAACGAGGGACUCCCGCAGGACAUCAACGUACUGGUGCAGGUGUCUCUGAACUCCACGGUCGAGUCUCCGAGUCUGUCGAUCCGCGUGGCUCAGGUUCGGUCUCUGCCGCGGCGUCCUCGGGUCCUGCUGCGCUGGAUCCUCCAGAGACACGCCACCCUCUCGUCGCUCACACACACUGUGCGCGCAAACCGCGUGUACCUUCAUCUGGGAGAGGAUCCCAGCAUGCCGAGCCAGUGCCGCCUGCAGUCUCUGUUUCUGUCGCAGAACUAUCUGUCCUCAGAGAUUCAGGAUCAGGAGGUUCACGGCUGCAUGCCGUCAGCGGAGCCGGUGGAGACGGAGGUGCACAUCAUCCGGCUGUGGUCCUCGGGCUCCAGCCUGUGCGGGUCUUUGCAGGUGGAGGUGUCGGUCUCUCUGCUGCCCCCUGUGGCUCGUUCAGGUUACCACAGGAUUGUUCUGAUCCUCAGCAGUGCGGUUUCAGUCAACUGGGCUCUGGUGGCUCCAGAGGUCAGAGGUCACGUCAGGGUCUAUUCGUCCAACAGCGUUAGUCUACCGUACAGAACUCAGGCCCCCGACCUCAGCGUGACCAGCACCGUGACCUCUGACCUCCACAGCACCCCCGACCUUCUACAAUGGGCCAAUCAGAACGGCUUUCCCAAAGUGACCUCAUACACCGAGGCUGAUCUGGCCAAUCGCUUCAUGAUCAAGUUAAGAGAAGGUGGAAAAGGCUCUGAGACGAGGCCCUCAGACGAGGAAGGGGUCAUCGUGACGGAUAGAAGCAGAGAGGCGUUCACAUGGCAGUGUGAGGGCGGAGCUCUUUCUGUUGCGGUGGACACACACUUGCUGCAGAUUUCGCCAGUGACGACAGUGACCCUGCGGGAUCGUCACUGCAAGGCCGAAUUUAACGGAAGCCAUUUCCUGUUGGUUUUCCCAGUCAUUUCCUGUGGGACGGAGGGAGAAAUGGAUGUAGCGAAUGAAAGAGUUCAUUACACAAACACGGUGUUCCUGUGGAAACAAAAACCAUCGGAGGGUUUGAACAAUGAGACGGACUGGGAGGGUUUGGAUGGGACGAGUCUGCUGGCUGUUCAUAUCAGCUGUGAUUCGACUCUGGUGAGUCCAUCAGACGUGACUCCGUCGGCCCGUCCCGAGGAAGCUCUGCGCCUCAGUCUGGCAGCGGCUCCUCCCUGGGUCCCGCUGCUGUCCAUGGGGCUGUUCGUGAGCGAGGCCCUGGAGAGGAGGCCCGUGGGGCCCUGCGUGAUCAGCGCGUACGACCGGCUCUACGUGCAGAUCUCGGUGGCGUCCGGCGCUGCGGAGGCUGUGGAGCUCCAGUCGUGUCUGGUUUCUCCUCUCUCAGACCCGCAGGCUCACAGCGGCUGGUCCAUCAUUACAGACUCCUGCCCGUCAGACCCGUCCUUCACACUUCCCGACGGAGAAGCCCAGGAACCAACAGACAGCCCAGAGAGCGAGAGCGACGGAGACGAGGAGGACGAGGAGAAGCUCGAGAGGAAGGACGACAGACGGCCGACCCCUCGCCGGAGACACACAGGGGCCCGCGGCGGAGACGACAGGGCCAGGCGGUUUAAAGACAAGAGACCCGACAGAGUCAGAGCCAGGAAGCCUGAGGAGCGCAGGCGGAGGAGGAGGGAUGAUGAGCGCGAGGGCGCACACACACUGCGCUUCAGUUUCAUCCUGCGGCCGGUCUAUAAUAACUCCAUUCAGUUCCUGCACUGCCGGCUGCGUCUGUGUGCGGCGGACGAGGGGCCCUCAGGGGCCGGCGCUCGGGUCUGUGCUCAGGGGCCGCGGAUUCCUGCUCUCACACACACGCCUGCUUCUCAACAGUGUGAGGACAGAAAUCUGUCUCGGCCCGUAUUGGUGACGUAUCCUGUGGGGUUUCUGGCUCCCCCUGCUGGUAAACUCACUGAGAUGUCGAGACAAACUCCCACACACAGCGGUGCAGAGGAGGGUCCUGUGCUGGCGGUCGUGUUCGCAGCGUUUCUGCUGGGUUUGUUCCUGAUGGGGGCGCUGUGGUGCAUCUACACUCAGACUGGGAGGCGUGAUUUGACCCAGAGAGACGGUAUUAUAGAGACACCGGGACAGAACACGGCUUCAGAAACACGCCGACACUGAUGGAGCAAACCAGCAGUUUCCACCAGGCCAACAAAACCGCCAAUGUGAAAUAAAGCGCUCUCAUGUGAUUUCUGCUUUUGUUAACAGCUGAAUUUGUGUAUCAAUGUUCUGGGGAGCUUGUA